ACAUUGCCAAGAAUGUCAAAGUUACAAAAUCGUCGUAAACCUCAGAUGAAUCCGAAGUUUCGUGCAGCUGCAGCGGAUGCUGCUGCGGCCUGUGGCACUGGAGACGGUGGUGUCGGUCCUACUCUGAUAAACAACGCGAGAAAGAGUGGGGAAUUGAAUUUGUCGAAUAGAGGUUUAUCAACGGUUCCUGAAGAAGUGUGGCGAAUAAAUCUUGAUGUCCCGGAAGAUUUCAAGGAGGUAUCGUUUGGUACAGACAAUCGUUGGUGGGAGCAGGUGGCACUAACAAAGUUGUUACUGUCUUCAAACAAGCUGGUGGAGCUGUCUGAAAACAUUCGAUUGGUCUCUGCUAUUACUAUUUUGGAUGUCCAUGAUAAUAAGUUAACCUCACUACCUGACACUUUGGAUGAGUUAGUCAACCUUCAAAAAUUAAAUGUCAGUCACAAUGAGUUGCAGAGCUUGCCAAGCGCUGUGUAUAGAUGUAAGAAUCUGCUUUCUCUACAUUUGGAAUAUAACAAGAUCAAAGAAUUAGAUGAUGACAUUGGCAACCUAUUCUCCCUCCACGACUUGGACAUGUCUCACAAUCAGCUCAGCAGCAUCCCUGAUACAGUGAACGGUCUGACACAUGUAACACGCCUGAGCGUCGCCCACAAUAAAUUGAAGGAGUUGGCACUAGGUGUCGCCUCUAUGAAUGCACUAAGAAUCAUUGAUGCCGCCCACAACCAGAUAGUCAGCAUUCCGGACGAAAUAGGUUUUCUUCACAACUUGGAGCAGAUUUUCCUCAGAGACAAUCGCCUGACAGAACUACCCGUAUUGAACGGCACAGCACUUAAAGAGCUACACUUAGGCAACAAUAGAAUUAAGAUGUUGACAUCGAAGCAACUUGAACAACUUCUUUCUGUCACCAUACUGGACCUGAGAGACAAUAAGAUAACUGAUCUCCCAGAAGAGAUAACAUUGCUCACCAGCCUGGAAAGACUCGAUCUCACGAAUAACGAACUAAAAACCAUUCCCUACGAAGUUGGAAAAAUGUCGAACUUGAAGUCGCUGCUCAUAGAGGGCAAUGCAGUCAGAAACAUAAGGCGCGACAUCAUGCAGCGUGGAACGCCGGAACUGCUCCAGUUUCUCCGCAGCCGAAUCCAAGAACCCGAGCCACCAGAGGGCGAACAGUUGUCGGAGGAAUGCGCUCUACCUUGGGCGGACGACGCCUACCUAGCGAGGCAGACCAAGCACAUGCUUAAGGUCACACAUUGCCUAGAUCACAGCAACAAGCCUGCGACAGAUGUUCCGGACGAGAUGUGGGUCUCGGCGAAGGAAAGUGGAGUUCUAGCAGUGAACCUAAGCAAAAACAACUUGCAGGCGAUUCCAUCAAGUAUAACGAUGCUGUCAGCUUCCCUGAACGAGGUGAAUCUUGGAAGCAACAAACUCACCUCUGUAAUGCCAGAGCUGUCCGUCUGCUGCAAGCUUAUUGUGCUAGAUCUGAGGAACAACCAGCUGUCCAGUCUUCCCGACUCCUUGCAGUCAUUGGUUGGCUUGAGAGACUUGAACAUUUCCUUCAACAGGUUCAAGUCGCUGCCCAGUUGCAUCUACAAGAUGCGCUCACUCGAGAACCUCCUCGCUUCCGACAACGGCAUCGGCGACUUGGACGCGCAGCAGCUGGGGGAGCUGAGCAUGCUGGCUGUGCUCGACCUUCACAACAACUACCUUCAGAAGAUCCCACCCGAAAUCGGCCUGCUGGAAACGCUGAGAGUUCUGCAGAUCGAGGGAAACUCGUUUCGAGUUCCGCGCCCCGCCAUCAUGGCGAAGGGUACGUCUGCCGUGAUGGAAUACCUACGCAGUCGCAUACCAACCUAAUCCGAGCUCAGGGAGCGCCAUGAGGAGCGCGUGCCCUGAUGGAGAUAUAUUCCCGUCAAAGUAGAACUAGAAGGUGAGUGGGAAGGUCUAUAUAUGGAUUCAAGCGUCGUCUGAGUAAUCACAAGUAUACGUGCUAGGAUGUAUCAGGAAUAAAUAAUCACAAAUUUUGUCAUAAAAUUUGUGAUCAUUUACUCCUGAUUGUAUACUAGCUACUACCUCAUGUAAUGUGAGAGUGCAGAAGGAAGAACUUGCAGAAGGAAGAACUUGCAGACGUGUAUAAUUUUCUGACACAAAAACUGCCUUAUAAUAUAGAUUUUGUGCACGAGUAAUUUGUCAUUACCUCUGUGAUUUUGUCUUUUGAUGUAUCGCAUAAUCUGAUUUUGUGUGAUUGUGUGUGAGAUAUAUUGAGUGUAGAUUGUGUGUGUAGUCUGAUCUAAAAUUCAAAAUCGUAAAGGAAAAUUGCUUGUUAAUAUAUAUUAAUACACCGUGAGUUUCCACAGGUGCAUAGCAUGAGAUUUGAAAAUAAUCGCAGGAGUUAUUUAUAGCAUAAACCAAUAAACCGUGUUGCGUUGAUACCCGACUAUAGCCAAGUGCACGCGCUAAAAUCAACACGAUCUGUUGGUGGCAGAAUUCUGCUGAGAUCUGUUGUAUAACAGUGGUAGGUCCGAUGAACUAGUUAAUAUCAUACCGGUGUAUUAAUUACUCUUUGGCAUGAAUCGCAUUUAUGUUAAAUGGGAGUCUGCUACUAUCUAUUAAUAUUAUGGUGCCAAAGUGUGUUUAUCGUUUUCACUUUUUUAUUAAUACCUAAUUGUAUACCUAUAGUCUCCGGUUCUUUACUUCGAGUAUUGCAUGUUUUUCCAUGCUGAUCGAUGAUGCAAACUUGUAAAUCUGUGCUACGUCGUGUUGUUUGUAAACAGACUAACAAGUGUUUACGAGUAUAUUAUCGUGGAACUUAAUUGUGUAAUGUGUAAUUUUUAUUAUCCACGAUUUAAGUCCAUAUUCUCAUGAUAUUUCGUUGAAAGAGAAAAUUGAUAGGAUGUGCCCGAACAAUCAUUAAAAAAACAACAACGCUAACUUCUAUUUUGGGCUGACAGUUCUAUUUUGACAGUCACCAAUAUAAAUGCAAAGCUAUAAAAUUAAUAAAUGAUGAUAUGUGCAGCAUAAAAAGUUUCCAUUAAUUAUAUAAAUCUCUGAUUUUCUAUAGUGUCUCGUGUCAUAUUCUACACAUCAUCCUAGCCAGGAGAUUACUAUAUUUACACUGACAAUACUUAGACGUGCACACACGCAAAGCUAGCUAUAUUUCCCAUCCACAUAUCGACAUAAUUAUGUACAACCACAACUUGGAAAAUGUCAAGCAUUCAUACGAUCGAAAAUGCACACAAAUAUAAACGUGUUAGUAUACAAUUCACUCAAACAUCCAGAAAGGUCCCAAACGUCAAGAAAAAAUUAUGACUACAGCCCUCGACACUAACGGUUGUCCGAUUGCCCGGGACAAG